UUCGCCACUGUUUAAAAGUUAUGAUUUCCCCUUUGCGACAUCAGCUCAGGCUGGGUUCUUCACAGUAUUGUGAAAGCUUCCCCGAGCACCUUCCAGCACCCUGUUCAUUUGGUUCUGUUGGGUGGCCUAGCACUCUGAGCUGGCAAGCAUGUGGCAGACUGGAAUGUGGCAUGUGGGUGUUGGGGUGCUGAGGAGGUGCAGGACAGUGCCAGCUGCUCCCACUGCUUGGGACUGCUGCCAGUAGGGUGCGCAAGAGGGCCAGCAGUGGCAGUGAGUCCCAUUGCAAGAACACAGCUUGCAGUUCUCUGGGAAAAUGGAGAGGGGUGAGCCAGGGCUGCUGGAGGAGGUCUUGGGGGGGUCUUCCCAUCCCCUACACCCUGCCUGAGUGGAGCAGAGGGCAAGCCAGGAGAAUUUGGAUGUUGGAGAGAUGUGGAGGGAUGGCCAGUGUCAGGACGGCAGUCCAGUUAAACAAGAGGAAGGCAUGGAAUAGGGGGUGGACAUGCAGCCAGAAAGACAGACACCCAACCCUGGUGGAAGUAUGGCAGGUGGACUGAAGUCUCAGCCACUCUGUUCACAGGCCAGAUAGGCAGAAACGUCCCCAAACAGGCAGGCAAACAGACACAUAGACCCCUGGCGAGAUAGACAGACUUCUAAAUAGAGUCCCAGGGAGAAACAGACAAUAGCAGGACAGCCAGACAAAUGGACAGAUUCUUGGACAGGUGGGAAGAUGCCCAGCCAGGCAUCCAGAAAGACCUGUGUCCAGACAAAUGGACACCCCUCCCACUCCACUUCCAGCCACCCAAAAGACAGAAUCCCUCAAGGGUAGACAGAGCUCCACAACUGGACAGAGAGACCGUUACUCAGUGGAGAGACAUCCUACUACCCAGUCAACUAGCCAGCCAGACCUUUAGCUUGACACACUUACUCUCUGCCGUAAGACAGACACAGCCUAUUAGAAAGUCAGGUCCUCAGGAUAGAUGGAUGCCCCCUAAGCCCCGGGGAACAGAUAGACAUAUACACCCCACCCUGUUGCACAAAUAGAUCUCAGCCCCUAGUGGAACAGAAGAUCCAGCUAGCCAGAUCCCAGUUGCCGGGUUAGCUGCCCUGCCUCCCAGUCACCACCACAGGCGAUAUGGAUGGCUCACUGACCCGCAAUGUUGCUUCUGUUCCCCAGGUACCACUGGUUUCUAGUGACCAUUGACAUCUAAUGACAUUCAUAACCAGCAGGAUCCACAAAGCCCUUUUGUGAUCCCACAGUGACUGUGCCCCCUUUACUCUGGUAUCCACUAUCCCCAAAUGACUGCCUCAGGGACUCAAGAGUCUCCAUGACUCCUCCAGUGGGCCUCCAUAUUUUCUCAGAGUUCACUUAUACCUCUGUAUCCUGCUACCCUGAGUCUCCAACAACCCAUGACCAUCCAAGAAAUCUCAGUGAUUCCAGUGACAUUCACUGUUGAGCCCUGGUUAGGGGUCCUCAGUGACCUUCCCUGACUCUUGACCCCUCAACUGCUUAGUAAAGUAACACUCCAAUCCUUCCUCAGUUACUUUGUCUCUUACUGACCUCCCAGUGACUGCCACUGACAUCUACUGAAAGUCUCCACGGACAUCCAGGGAACUCUUACUGGUCUCCAAUGAAUUCACUGUCAAUACCCAUCCUCAGUGAUUUCUACUGACCAACUUUGAACUCUCAAAGAUGAUAGAGAUAAACACUGAGUGAACAGUGACUCCUAUUGAUUGCUCAAUAAGUGAAACAUCCCCACUAACUGGCUUUUUGACCUCUCAGUCACUUAAACAGGGGUCAGCAACCCACAAUCUGCAGGCUGCAAAAAAAAAAAAAAAAUUGACACAUGAAAUUAAAAUUUAAAGUCCACCAACAAAGUUUGGAACACAGCCACACUCAUUCCUUUACGUGUUGCCUAUGGUUGCUUUCACCCUGCAUGGUGGAGUUGAGUAGCUGGGACAAGGACCAGAGACCCAAGCCGUUUAAGAAGCAGUUUGCCUGUCCUUGACUUAACACUGAUGAAUAAGGUCCACACUGCUCACCCCGGAGAUGAAGGAUGGGCUAGCCCAUCUACACUGGCCGGUCCUUGGCAGGGGCCCCUAGGCUCCUCUCUGCUCUCUCCGGCCUCCCUUUGGUGGCCCUGGGAGCUGGGGCAGCAACUGUCCUCCAGCCUUCUCAAUAUUUUCUGAAGACGAGUGUGUGGAUGGGAAAAAAAAAAAAAAAAAAAAACUCCUUAAAAGCGUUGAGAACACCUAGUCCCUUGGAACCCACUCCCAGGACCUCAAUUCUCAGUUUCCCAGAAGGUUUAUGCGGGUUGAGAUCCUCAAAUUAGUACUGGAUGCUGGCGUCCCCGUUUCUCCUAGCCCGACCCAGAAAAGAAGGAACCUCAGGAAAUACACGGAUUCAGUCUUUCCGACAACCCGGGUGGUCGCCUGUCAAUUUUCCCCUGUGGCUACCUCCCUCGGACCCCGCUGGAGCGCAAAGCGCGGGAUGGUCUCCACCCGGGGUCCCCAGUCAGGGGUUGCAGCUCGAUCUCGGCGACCGUCUUUACUCGCAGCUGCCACGCCACACCGGCUCGGAUCCGGACACAACCUAGUGCCCGGGAGGCCGGGCGAGGGCGUGCAGCCAUCCGCCCUGCACCGGCGCGGACCCCAGGUCCAAGCGAGAGGAAGCGUCCAUGGAAUAGUGGGGACCCAGCCAGCCCGCGCGGAGGCCAUAAAAAAGGGAAGAACCAGUGCAGGAUUCACGUACCUGGCCCAGCCGGGGGGAACCAAGCGCUCAGGCAGCGGUCUGGGCCCGGGAGCCUGUGGGCGGGACUGAGACAGGCUCCGAGUGUCAUUGGCCGAGGGGCGCGCCCUGUCCGCCGCUGCGCACUUCCAUUGGCUGGAGAGAGCUGAGGCGGGGCCUCGGCAGCCUCCCGCGGAGUCUACACUAGCUGGGAGCGCGGAGCACCACAGGUGGACCGGACUUUGCUGGCCGGCGGCGCCAUGAGCCGCAGUUUGGAUGCUGCGCGGAGCUUCUUGGAGCAAUUGGAGGCUCGGGGCGGCAGGGAGAGGGCAGUCCUCGCCGGCGAGUUCAGCGACAUCCGGAACCGCUCAGCCGCCUGGAAGACGGAGGGAGUGUGCUCCACUGAGGCUGCUAGUCGACCAGAGAACGUGAGCAAGAACCGCUACAAAGAUGUGCUGCCCUACGAUCAGACACGGGUGAUCCUUUCCCUGCUCCGGGAAGAGGGACACGGAGACUACAUCAACGGCAACUUCAUCAGGGGCACAGAAGGAAGCCAGGCCUACAUCGCCACCCAAGGACCGCUGCCUCACACCUUGCUAGACUUCUGGCGCCUGAUCUGGGAAUUUAGGGUCAAGGUGAUCCUGAUGGCCUGUCGGGAGACGGAAAAUGGGCGGAAAAAGUGUGAGCGUUAUUGGGCUGAAGAACAGAAGCCACUGCAGAUUGGGCUUUUCCGCAUCACUCUGACAAGGGAGACAUGGCUGAAUGCAGACAUCACGCUCAGGACCCUCCAGGUCACCUUCCAGAAGGAAUCCCGCUCUGUGUACCAGCUGCAGUAUAUGUCCUGGCCGGACAGAGGGGUCCCCAGCAGUCCUGACCAUGUGCUUGCCAUGGUGGAGGAAGCCCGGCGUCUCCAGGGACCUGGUCCCAGCCCCCUCUGUGUCCACUGCAGCGCGGGCUGUGGGCGCACAGGGGUCCUCUGCACCGUGGAUUAUGUGAGACAGUUGCUCCUGACCCAGAUGAUCCCAGCUAACUUCAGCCUCUUCAAUGUGGUUCUCGAGAUUCGGAGGCAGCGGCCUGCAGCCAUACAGACAGAGGAGCAGUACAGGUUCCUGUACCACACAGUGGCUCAGAUGUUCCUCUCAGCACUCCAAAAUGCCAGCCCUCACUACCAGAACCUCAAGGAGAACUGUGCCCCACUCUACAAUGAUGCCUCCUCCCUCCGGAAUUCCCAGACCCUUCCUGCCAUAGCCCGCCCAUGCCCAUCCGGUGGGGUCCUCAGGAGCAUCUCGGUGCCUGGGCCCCCGGCCCUCGCCAUGGCCGACGACACGUACGCGGUAGUGCAGAAGCGCGCGGCCCCCGCGGGCACCGGGACGGAGGCGAGCGCGCGGGCGCGCGGCGCGCAAGAGACGCCGCUCUACAGCCAGGUGACGCCGCGCGCUUGGCGGCCCCAGGCGCACGCGGAGGACGUGCGCGGGGCGCUGCCCGCCCGCGGCUUCAACCUGCGCAUUGGAAGGCCUAAAGGACCCCGGGACCCGCCUGCCGAGUGGACACGGGUGUGAGUGCGGCGCCCCUUCCUGUGUGUUGGAUGUCAGGUCCACACGGGUGCCUGGACUGCUGAGGGUCAUGCUCUGCUCUGUGAUGUGUUGGGAAUGGGGAUGCUGGACUGAAUUGAAAUAAAAGUUUCUCAGUA